ACCUCCUCACUCCGGCAUGUCUGGAUCUGCAGGCUUCACUUGUGAGGAAAACCUGCGGUUUAGAUAAUAAUUAAGUAUAAAAGGUUGUUUACUUUUAGGGAAAAGAGAAGCAGCGGUGGUCCCGUCGAUACCAGCAGGAAGUGAUGUCGGCGCCGGACGCCCUGCGGCGGCUCAGCACCUUGACGCUGAGCGUCCAGCACCUGGGCCGCCUCCCUCACCUCUCAGACCUGGUCCCGUCCUCGCUGCCGUCGCCAGGCGCCACCGUCGCCGCCUCCCAGGUGCCCGCCCUGUUCCGGGAGCCCUACAUCCUGUCGGGCUACCGGCCCGUCCGGCAGGACUGGCGCUGCUACCUCCUGAGCCUCUUCCAGCGCCACAACGAAUCCCUGAACGUGUGGACUCACCUGCUGGCGGGGCCGGUGCUGCUGCUCCGCUGGUGGGCCAACGCGGGCACCCUGGGGUACACCCUGGACGCCGCUUCCCUGCCGCUCGCCCUCUUCCUGCUGUCCGCCCUCACGUACCUGGGCCUCAGCGUGGCGGCUCACCUCUUCCAGUCCCACUCCGAGCGCGCUCACUACUUCUUCUUCUUCCUGGACUACGUGGGCGUGGCCGUGUACCAGUACGGCUGCUCGCUCGGCCACUACUUCUACACGUCGGAGCCGGCGUGGCGGGAGAGCGUGGGGUUCCUCUUCCUGCCGGGCGCCGCCCUGUUCGGGUGGCUGUCCUGCGCCGGCUGCUGCCUCGCCAAGCUGCGGUACCGGCGUCCGUACCCGCUGCAGCGCAAGGUGUGCCAGCUGAUCCCCACCAGCCUGGCCUACCUGCUGGACAUCAGCCCGGUGGCCCACCGCCUGCUGGCCUGCCCCUGGGGGCGGGAGGCGGCGCCGCACUUCCACGCCCUGCAGGUCGCCUGCUUCCUGCUGGCGGCCUUCUUCUUCUCCUGCCCCGUCCCCGAGCGCUUCUUCCCGGGCCGCUGCGACUUCCUGGGCCAGGGCCACCAGGUGUUCCACCUCUUCCUGUCCCUGUGCACCGUCUUCCAGCUGGAGGCGCUGUUCCGGGACUACGCCCGGCGCCGCCACGUCGUGCUGGAGCUGUUCGGCGAGGGGCAGCUGUGGUGGGCCUGCGCCUCCUUCCCCGCCCUGGUCCUCUGCUUCCUCCUGACGGCGGCCGUCGCCAUGAGGCGCGUGGACCAGAAACUGCGGAGCAAAGACGAGUGAAACCAGUGAAACCAGUGAAACGAACAUACUUGAUUUUGAUUUUGAUUGAUUUUGAGUUUUUAUUUCGGUCCAUUUGGAUACAACAUAAUACAACAUAAAAAAAAGUCCAAUAUUUUAAAGCAGCACAACGUAACUUUCAGCUUUUCUGAGUUUGGCGGCAUCUUUUGGACAAAAGCGGUAGUGCUUUACCAGAAAGAACACUGCGUUUCCCAUGAGCACCAGCGCGUACUGCCGGAAAACUCCUGUCCCGUCACGUGCAUUUGUUUUGAGAGAAGACGGGACGCUUUUCUGUUUCACAGAAGUGAACAGACGGAACGCAAAAAAAAAAAGAUGUUAAACUGCUGGAAAGGAACUGGAAUUUACCGGGAUACCUUAAACAAGGAAGCCAGGGAGCGGUAUAUGGAGAAAAUAAUGAUUAUUAACGGUCUGGAUCCAUAUGAAAUCCCUACUGAAGAAUGGAGCUCCUCGUCGGAGCUGCACUCUUUAGAAAGGAUUUACUGCCGCAGUUCUGCAGAACCACCGUCUCCGGCUACCUUGUUUAGGAGUGUUUGGCAGCUGCUUUGGUAAAUGUUUGACUC